AUGGCUCGUCUCAUUUUCAUUUUUCUGGUCAUCCUGCUGGCACAUCAGUGUGUGGACGCUAUAGAUGAAAAGGAUCUUCCACCUUACGUGCCUAAUAAAGGUCGUUUUCUUGGGCACUUAAAAGACCUUUGUAAUAAGUCUUAUAAAACGAGGAUUGUUGCUGAAGCAAACUUACGGAAGUGCAAGAUUACAUGUGCUAGAGGUGCAUUCAAUGGUGUUUUUGGAGCGUCUGACACAAUCGAACUGAAAGACAACGAACCAUGUGACUGGAGCGCGCAAUGCAUAGGACAGCAAGGAUGUGUGUACAUCGCAUGA